AGACAGUCUUCAGUGGUGCUAUUGCAGUUCCAAGUUCAUAAAUACGGAAAAAUGGGUAAAAAGGAUGCUUCUUCUGCAAAAGUACCUGUGGAUCAAUACAGAAAACAAAUAGGAAAACAAGAUUAUAAAAAAACCAAACCAAUGUUAAAAGCUGCAAGACUGAAAGCAGAGGCCAAAAAAACUGCACCAGGCAUAAAGGAAGUCACCCUUGUCCUUGUGGCUAUAUUGGUAUUCUUAUUGGCAUGUUAUGCUUUCUUUUAUCUUAACCUUUCUGAAGAAGAUGACCUAGGUCUGGAAAAGGAUGGAAAUUAGCCAAAUUGUUUUUGAAGAUUUCUUCUAGAAAAGCAUUACUCUUGUCGACUUCAGCCAUGAACAGCUGCUCGUCAUCAAAGUGGACAAAAUGGGAAUCAGUUCCUGCAACUCUGAAAUUAAUAAUACACUUGAGACUAUCUCAGCCGGUCUUAUGGAUAUUAAUGAGGUUCUUCUCCUUUUCAAACUGUAGUUUAUUGGCUAAAGUUGACCUUUUUCUUCAUUUCAUUUUUCAACUGGAAAUAUUUCAUUCCAGAAAACAAUUUUCUAUAUUCUAUUUUCAUUAGUGUUAUUGUGUGGAUGAAAAGAAUUUGAUUUUCUUAGAACUUGGCAAACAAAUACAAAUUACAGAUAUGACUCAAACACAAACCAAUAUAAACUGUGAUAUCUGAACACAUAUUUCUAUUACUUCCAGAUUCUACUAAUCGUUGUGUGAGUGAUUCGGCCCAUUUUUAAUUCUUAUCUCCAAAACAAAAAGAAUUUAUAUGUGCUAAAUGUAUGUGAGUCAUGCAUGAUAGUUUUUGGAUUAAAAACUGUAUACAGCUGGUCCUUGACUUAUGAUUGUAAUUGAGCACAGAAUUAGAGUCGUAAAUCAUGCCGCUUGUAAAGUGGGUCACCAUGUGACUGCACCCGAUUUUAUGACUUUUUUUGCAGGACCAAUGUAUCAAAACCGCAUUUCAUAUACUUUUGGUUUUAAUAAGACAGCAAAUCACAUGUUCACAUUCCACUUCAUUAGUAAUCCUUCAGAAGUUUCUUUUUUGUAGAACACAAUAAUUGAUGUUAAUAUUAUGUGAAAAACAUGCAUUUUAGCCCUGUAGCAAAGCCCUAGAAAUCAAAAUGUUUCAUAGUAUGUCUAUUAGGAAUAGAACACAGAGCACAGCCUAAUUCAAAUACAAGGCCUUUGACUUAAGUGGAAACCAUUCUGAAAUACACGUGUUCAAAAAUUCUACCAAGCUGGUUGCAUCCCUGCAAAUGCAGAUAUCAACAAAUUUAUGUAUUUUUUAAAAACCAAUUUGCAAUGGCUACCUUGAGUUCAAAGUUUCUUUCAGGAAAAAAGAAACCCUGGAAAUUCUAUUAGAAUAAUAGUUACAGUAAACCAAGACCAAGAAGAUAUCAGAGAUGUGAGAUACAUUUGAAUGUAUUUCUUAACACCAAAUUAAACACUGCUGUUUGUGAGAAAAACCAGAAACAAUAACAAGGGAAAUCUAUUCCAAAGCCUCCAGUAAAAAUGGGAUGGGUAUUAUGCAACAUGGUCUCACAGAAAGGGCAACCUCAAGCCACCAUUGACUCAUCUUCUACUACAUCUUUUUAUGGAAACUGAAAAGUUUCACCUUAAUAAGAAAGAAAACCUUCGUGUUGUCAAGAGAAGUUGAAAGAAGAAAUCAAAUAGCCAUAUAUUACUCAUUUUUUAAUUUCAACUUGUCUGUAUGGUGGCUACAUCAAAUUUCUCUGCUCAGAAAAAAAUCACUCCCAUCUCAUUGCCACUUUGGUGCAAAUUUAUUUUCAGCAUUCUUCUGACUCCUCUAUAGCUGGGUAUCAGUAGUCAUAUUUUUUGUUCAUUGCCAACUGUUCAGAGCACAUGUGUUCUGUCAGAAAUGGCACCUGGAUAAUAGAAACACUAGGAUUCACAUAUGCUCUGAAGCAAAGUUCCUUCCUCUUGGGCUAACUGAAAACGUGUAAAUAGAAAGUUCACUCAGUGUCGAGUUUAAUUAGUACACUGCUUCAUUAACAUAAAGAUGAAAAUUCUGUUUUAAUUGUAUCAUGUAAUAUCAGCAAGAAAUAUAAAAAUAUAUGGUAGCUUUAAAACCAUUUUCAUCUCUUCUCAAUACUGGCUCUGAAAUCUUUCUCAUACAGAAAACAACAUUAGAGUUUCUUUAAACUUUAUUGAAAGAUAUAAUUCUAGUUAUGCUAUAUCACAACUGCUCUUUCUUCAUAACCUUCAUUCCAAAGAAAUAUUAUUUUAAAAUAUAGAUGAUUAAAGUAUUUGAUUAGUGUUUUUCUGUUGAGAAAUGUUGGCUACAAAGGUUAUGAUGAGAUCCACAAACAUGGAUGCUUACACUAACCAUUCAAAUAGCAUUAGGGUGGUAACACGACCCUAAUUAUUGUUCAGAAUUAGAAAGUUUAAUAAAUAAGGUUUCAGUUGGACUUAGUUUAUUAGCAUGGAACCACAAUACUUCUUAGUUCUAUUUACAAGCUAAUUGAGAGAAUGUUGAUUACUCCAAACUUAAAGCAACUAAUUUAAAUAGUGAAAAUGUGUGGAUUAUAUAUGUAGAUUUGUUCAAUCAUGAAAAAUUGUUACGGCUAAGCAAAUAAUAAUACAGUUCU